GCUAGAAAUUUACAGUCCGUUGAAAAUAUGCAUCUCAAAGCGCGUAUACAAGUACUACUGAACUUCAUAUUAAUAUUCGGAAUAAAAUCUUGUUCGAGUCAAAACAGUGAACUGGAAGAUACUUUCGACUGCAACUGUGAUCUCGAAAUAGACAUUAUUAAACACUUCAGCGCCCAAUUGGAAUCACUGCAACAACUUGUGAAUCAAAGUCAGGCACAAAUUUUGAAGCUGCAAGCUGAGCAAAAGAGUCCAAGCCGACCCACCAAUUGCAUGGAGGCAGCCGCUGGUUCACGUAAAAGUGGCAUAUAUACCAUUAAAUCUCAGCUAUUUGGGGAUGAGCCAUUUAUGGUAUGGUGUGAUGAGGAUACGGACUUUGGCGGUUGGAUUGUCAUCCAGCGACGCCUAAGUGCGGAAGUGGAUUUCUAUCGAGAUUGGCAACAAUAUAAGCAAGGAUUUGGGGAAUUGUCGGGCAAUUAUUGGAUUGGUUUGGAUAAAUUGCACGAUCUAACCGCGAGCUGUGAGCAAGAGUUGUAUAUAAAAAUGGAAGCAUCCAAUGGCACAAAGUACUAUGCAAAAUAUGAUUUAUUCGUCAUUGGUAGCGAAGAGGAAGAUUAUGUUUUGCGAACCCUUGGUAAUUACACAGGAAAUGCUCGAGACUGUUUAAGGUAUCAUGAAGGCAGUAAGUUCUCAACAUUCGAUCGCGAUAAUGCUGGUAAUUGCGCGGAAAAUUUUAGAGGAGCUUGGUGGUACAAACAGUGUUACCAGAGCAACUUGAAUGGAAACUAUUAUCAAAAACAGAAAAACGGCGAUGCUAUAACGUGGAUUGGCAUACAUAGGUAUGAGUCACUAAAGUUUGCGCAAAUGAUGAUACGCCCAACAGAGAGAUGUAUGGUGCGGCUGUCGAUGAAACAUUUCUCACCUUAAGAAGAACAACAUAAACAUAGAAAUAAACCGACUUUAUUAAGUUUUUUUGAAUAAAUUUGCACUUACAUACA